AUAUAAACAGAAUCUCGAACGUAUUGCUAUUACAGUUUACAACGGUAAGACACAUCGGUCUGACUAGAGAAAAUCAACAUGAAAUCUCUGAUUAUUGUGGUGACUAUAGCGAUCAGCACUCUAUUUUCAGCUGAUGCGUUUCAUUCCAAUUCUUUUGAUGUUAUUAAAGGUUGCAAGCAGUACGGCCAUGUGGGGAAUUAUAAUGAUCCACUGACGUACAUUCCGAUAACUGAUCUGCAAAACUUGGGAUUUACAAACAAAUCCAUGUUCUUUAAGAUAGCCGUGCAAGGAAGCACCGACGGAUUCCUACGCUUCGGUGAUUCCUUGUAUCCGUACAACAAGGAGGUGAUAGAGAUCGUAUUUGGAGGAUGGACUAACACGAAAAGCGCUGGAAGACGACAGCAUCGAUCUGCAUCAAACCAAGCUACGAAUACCGUGCUUGCCGAGGUACAGACUCCUAUGCUAUUGUCUGCCAACCGACCAACUGUGUUUCUGGUGGAGCUGUUCCACGAUGGUACGAUUCAGGUUAGGAUCAGUGGACAGGAUCACCCUUUCCUAUUAUUCAACGAUGCGAAAAUGAUUCCUUUCUACUACAUGACCUUUACUAAGUGGAAAACCGAUGUGUUAUACUUCUACGAUUGUCCAGUGGAUAAGUACGCUAAGAUUUGUUACGAAGAUGGUAGAAUGUACGUGAAUUGAGAUGAAUUUAAAACUACGAAUUUAAAAUUGAGAGAAGAUAAAUAGAUAAAAAGAGAGUCAUAUUUAUGUAAUAUAGGACAAGUAUGUCUCUUGUAUGUGAAUAAUUCUAAA